UAGUCCACACUCCAGAUCAGUGGAUGGCGGUAAUGCACAAGUAGUUUGCUAACCGCCAUUAAAAACAAAAACAGAAGGAAUAUAAGAGGAAUAAGGACGGAGACGAGAGUUUAGUGUAAACAUGACCGUGGUGAAAAGCUAACGAUGACAUGAGUACAGCUUGAGCUACAAAGAACUGUACCUGUCAGUCCCAUUUAAUGAUGUCCUUUCAUUAAAGAUGGGAGGCAGUGGAUCCAAAGCUAAAGGAGUCUGGCCUUUCACUGGCUCAGGAGCCAGUGGAGACUCUCCUGAGGUCAAUGAUCAGUCUUUAGCCCGUAUGUGUGGCUACAAAAAUGCAACCCCGUUUGUCUUUACAAGGAGAAGCUCUCUGUAUUACGAUGAGGAUGGAGAUCUGGCUCACGAGUUCUACGAAGAGACCGUGGUGACCAAAAACGGGCGAAAAAAGGCUAAGUUGAAGAGGAUCCACAAGAACCUCAUACCUCAGGGGAUUGUGAAACUGGAUCAUCCACGUAUCCAUGUUGACUUCCCAGUCAUUAUUUGUGAAAUAUAACAACACAGACAUAAGACAAGAUGUUUUACCAAUCAAACCUUUCACCUCUCCUCUACAAUCCUGGCUUUGCUGAUGGGCAUUAAUGGCUCCCAAUAUCAUCUUAGUUGUUUCUCUUGGAGUGUGAGCCAGACUGCCCUCCUGUGGCUAGAGGGACUUACAGCAGCUUUUAUCCUCUACAGGGGAAAUCUCUUAAAUUGUGAAAUUUGAACAGCAGGAUAAAUUGGCAUAGUAUUUAUCUCCUGUACUGCUAGUCAGUAAAUGUAUUCCUUUAAAUGAAUGAAUGAAUACAAAGUACUGAAAUGCAGCGAUUGCAGGAUUUAUAUUUUUGCUGAAUGAGCAUGACGUGUCUGAUAUUUGUUGUGUUGUACGUAACUAUUCUGUCUGCUUCUGAUUGUUGUAUUUAAACCCAGACCUUCACUAAUAAUUAUUUGAUGUACAGUAAUUUAUGAAAGUUAAUAAACUUUAAUAAAAAUAAACUGGUAACUGGUGAAAAU